AUGGCAACCCCAAUUUCCAAGGAUUCUAUUAAUAAGGCUUCUGUUUCCACUGCUACUGCUCGAAAGUUAUUGGCUCUCGCUGGUGAUGAGGGUGAUAAUGAGGACGGUGAAGAUUACGGCAGUAGUAGCCCAAGUCCGCCAAUAAUGGAAGGUGGCAGCCCAAGCCCGCCAAUAAAUCGAAUCGGAGAUGAUGAUCAGGGCGGUGGUGGCGGUGGUGGAUCAGGGGGUUGUUCAAAGGACGAUAUCCUAGUGUUUCAAGGCCAAACCCCCCCACUGCCCAGCGGCAUCCCGACCUACACGGUCCAUGUCGAAAACACUUGUGCCGUGGCCGAAGGAGGCAACAGUUGUAACAUCCGGGAUAUACAUUUGAAGUGCGGGUGGUUCAGCUCAGCUCGGCUUACAAACCCUAAAGUGUUCCGAAGACUCUCCUUUGACGAUUGCCUGGUCAAAGAUGGACAAGCUUUGAGCCCUGGGGAAACUCUCUACUUUCAAUACGCCAACUCCUUCGCCUAUGACAUGGUGGUCUCCUCUGUCACUUGCACAUGA